CUGAACAGUCGAAGCGCACGCUCAGCGGCGACAGCAACGAGAAUCGAAGCCAACCAAAGCGAAUCGAUAGCCCCGGGGGCCAACAAGGUGUUAAGCGAUCACUGAUAACAAACAAACUGACUAACUAAUCGAUCGAUCAGAACGGUUUCGACUAUUCGCGAGUGAAAUCUUCAAUCUACAAUCUGCAAUCUGCAAUCUACAAUCUUUCAUCCGAAUUGGAAAAAGUGACUAAGUGCAGACUCGAAACAGGAUACUCCACUCAACGCAACUCGACUAACGCAUACCCAGCAAAGAUGUUUGCGUACACUUGGCAAGUGAGUAUUAUGGUUACUCAAAGUUCGAAAUUUAUGAGCCAAAACACAACACAGGCCAACAAAGAAACGUGUUUCGCCGAUUAACAUUUUCGACCAAAAACCAAAAAAAAUUCACAUAUUAAGGCUGCAAAACGGACAGCGUACUCUGAUUUUUUCGCCGCCGGACAAGGCCGAACGCAUUAUCGAAUCAAGUUAUUCCAAUUCUAUUUCUACAUCUAUAUCUUAUAGCCGUUUCCAUUUCCAUUUCGAUUUCGAUUUCGAUUCGAUUCGAUCUUGUGAUCAUCUCGAUGAGGAAGUGUCGUAAAAUGUCUUUAUUUCGUGCCCAUGGCACUUUGCACUUGAUCUUGGGCUCAUCCGCUCAUCCGCUCAUCCGCAGCUCAUCCGCAGCUCAUCCAUCCUGCUGGUGGAGCCUUGAUACCGUUUACAAAGUCGAGCUCUCUUAACCCUGAACCACAUGAAACGCAACCGGUUACAGUCUCCACCUCGAUCUCGAUCUUCUCCUUUUGCCCCGCCGCCGAUUGUAAUUAAUUUGUUUUUGACUGCGGUUAAGGUUUUACAUAAUUCAAAAAGAAAAAAAAAACCAUCGAAAACAUAGUAACAAUUACACUUGGCUUGGCGAUUGAUUCAAAUGCUUGAGAUCCAGGAGACUAUGGCCAGUGAUGCAUCCGGUUGGGUGGCGCCUAGAGAUCAGCUGGAUGAUGACGAUGACGCCCACCAAAAUUGCGACGACGUGCUCAUGAAUAUUUUACGUGCGACUAUAAAUUAGAUUUGAUUGCGAUUAUAUCAUGGAUCACAUCUUCCCGUCGCCGCCAGUUGGUUAAAUUUAAAUUAAUUAUUGUAUGCUAAUUGGCAGCAUAAGAGCGCUAAGAGCAGACAGGUUCUGGCGCUGGCCUCCAUCAGCUAUUCACACCUCUGACUGACUUGUGUACCAAAGUUCCCUUCCCUUCAUUCCUUCCUUGUUCCUUCCUUGCAGCUCGCUCCACUGAUCCUGGUCAUUCUGGCGACAACGAUGACGACGACAAUGGCUGCACCGCAGCAGCAGGAGGUGCCCCACGCCCUGCUGGACAUCGAGACGCCCAAUCAGUUCAACUACAGUCCCUCGCCGUUGGCACAGCCGGAUAGUCUGCGAUCCAAGCCGUACUUUGAUUUUCUGAGCACACUGUAUGCCCACGAUACGGCCAAGUCGAAUCUGUUUCGGCCAUAUUCGGUGCGCCAGCGCAGGGAUGCGGAUGUCCAGAAGCUGAGUCGUCCGCGACGGGCCAUCGUCUUUCGGCCGCUGUUCGUGUACAAGCAGCAGGAGAUUCGGAAGCAGGAGAUCAGGGACAGGAAUGCCCAGAGGCGUCACGAUCUGAACCGUCUGCAGCGGGUGUAGUACACUCCAAUCGAAUCCAGUGUCCAUCCAGCCAAUCCGGUUUGGUUUGGCCUUCUACAGGGUCCUCUAGCACUUAGCCACUUAGCCACUUUCGAUGCGUCCUAGUUCUAAGUCAAAUGCACUGCAGCACGAAUAUAGAGAAAGAGAAUGGAGCACUCAUCAUAUUAAAUAUUAUAUAAUAUAUAUAUAUAUAUACACAUUCGCACCAAACACCCACAAUCACAACCACAAACACAUCCUCGUAGAUUAAGGCCCAAAUGUUUGUUAUGCCACUUGUUAUCGCGACGUUUGAUUAAAGCUAACAAAACUGAUAUCAAAAUGC